AUGCAUUCUACUACUAAUAAUUUUAAUAUUAAUAAUAUUUCUUCUAUUUUUUAUUUCCGAAUUUUAAUUGUCAGCAUAAUCGUUUUGUUUGGCACAGAAUCUCGAACACUCUUUUCUGAUGAAAACAACAUUUUUCUUUUUGAAAGAAAUCGACGAAACGAUUUAACAAUAAAUAGUCAGGAACAAUUAAUUAAAAAUGAUAUCACUUCGAGUUGUAAUGUUUAUGAUAAUGAUCAAUUACAUGUAUUAAUGGACAGAAUUUGCGAGCUUUGUCAUGAUAUGUUUAGUCAUCAACUGCCAAACACGAGAGCAGAAUGCAGGUCUGAUUGUUUUAGAAGUAAUCAUUUCAAAAAAUGUCUACGUUUAUUUAAACCAAUUGGGGAUAACAAUAGUAGAAGAAAUUCUGAUAGAAAUAAAAGAUCAUCUUUAAAAUAUUUUUUGGCAAUGAAAUAAAUUUAAAGAAGAAAAAAAGAAGAUGUGUGAAAAAGCAUUGUUUUGAUCUCAAAUAUA